AUGAUAUCCCUUCCGCGUAAGCUAUGGCAGCAUCCUGCCCCAGAGUCGACCGAGAUGGGUCAAUUCCAGCGAGACCUAGAAAAAUCCACUGGACGCAAGUUCGACUCCUUUCAUGAUAUGUACCUGUACUCAAUCAAGAGCCGUUCAGAAUUCUGGGACUUCUCCUGGAAAUACUUCCAACUGAUCCACGAGGGCUCCUACACAAGGGUAGUCGAUGAGUCCGCUCGAAUGGACAGUGUACCCGAAUGGUUCGCCGGUGUGCGUCUGAACUUCGCCGAGAACUUGCUUUUCUCGCGUAUUUCUGGCGACAGAACAGACAAGGAAGACGACAAGAUCGCCGUGAGCGAAGUCCGAGAAGGCGCUGCGCAUGACGUCGUUCAUCUUACCUGGGGUGAGCUUCGACGACGGACUGGAGCGCUGGUACAGGCUAUGAAGGCCCAUGGGGUUGUUCGGGGUGAUCGCAUUGCUCUCUGUGCGUCAAAUAGUAUUGACACACUACUUGUGUUCCUGGCAUCAACGGCUCUGGGUGCGAUCUUCUCGUCUAGUUCCACCGACAUGGGUACUAAGGGUGUCCUGGAAAGACUGCUUCAGAUCAAGCCUCGCUGGCUGUUCAUGGACGACUUCGCGGUUUACAGAGGCAAGACCAUUGACUUGCGACCGAAGAUUGGGGAACUUGUUCAAGGCAUGGACUCUGGUCUUGAAUUUGAGGGAGUCAUCUCACUACCUCGGUUCUCUACGCGGCCGGCGGAUAUCAGCUCCAUCCCUAGGACCAAGACUCUCGCGGAAUUUCUCGCAAAGGCGGGUGGCAACGAGAAACUGGAAUUUGAACGAGUCGGAUUCCGAGAUCCUUGCUUGAUAGUUUACUCGUCUGGCACGACAGGGCAGCCGAAAUGUAUUGUCCAUUCCGUGGGCGGCGUGCUUCUGAACUCGAGUAAGGAGGGAAGAUUGCAUAGUGAAUUAGGCCCUGAUUGUGUCACCUUACAAUACACAACCACUGGUUGGAUUAUGUAUGUGGUUGCCUUGCAGACUUUGCUCUUAGGAGUGCGGGUGGUGCUGUAUGAUGGAAGCCCAUUUAUUCCAGGUAUCACUGCGUUGGUUGAUCUUGCAGCACAAGAGAACACCGGCAUGGUCCUGCGAGAUGAAUUGUUCGAGUGGUUCUACGACGAAGGGUUCCCACCCCAUGCUCGCUUGAAUAACAUUUCUGGCGGUACUGACAUCGCAGGAUGCUUUGGAACCGGUAACCCUCUUGUCCCGCUGUAUGUUGGCGGAUGUGCCGGAUGCAGUCUGGGAAUUCCCGUGGAGGUUUACGACUCUACAAUCGAGGGCGGUAACGGAAUCAAGGGUGUGCCCGUAGAGGAAGGUGUUCCGGGAGAAUUGGUCGCCACGUCUGCUUUUCCCAACAUGCCCACUCUGCUGUGGGGUGACGAGGGAGGCAAGAAGUACCAUGAUGCGUAUUUUGGGAGAUUCGAUAAUGUGUGGACACACGGCGACUUCGUUUCGAUCCAUCCAAUCACAAAACAGAUCGUGUUUCACGGACGCGCCGACGGGGUCCUCAACCCAUCAGGAGUACGGUUUGGAUCGGCCGAGAUCUAUCGGGUACUCGAGGGUCAAUUUUCGAAAGAGAUCGUUGAUUCCAUAUGCGUAGGGCAACGACGACCAGUGGACACGGACGAGAGAGUGAUGCUCUUUUUGCUCUUGAGACCAGGGGUAGCGUUUACACCAGACCUGGUUGCACGAGUGAAGAGGGCAAUUCGUACAAAGCUAAGCUCCCGCCAUGUACCGAUGUUCAUGUUUGAGACACCUGAAAUUCCGACUACGGUCAACCUGAAAAAGGUGGAGCUCCCUGUGAAGCAGAUUGUCUCGGGACAAAUCAUCAAGCCCUCGGGGACACUGCUGAACCCAAAAAGCUUGGACUUCUACUAUCAGUUCGCCCAAGUGGAAACGUUGCGCGAGAGCAAGCUCUGA